AUGGAGGAUGACGCUGAGAUCAAAUUUUUGCGACGACCCGUGGACACGUUACGUCUCGGUUUAGGCGCCGCGCGAGAGGUUGGGUCCUCGACGACCAAGCACCCGGUGGAGGUGAUGCAAGAGGAGCACCAGAGCGGGCGAGAGUACAGAAGAAAGUUAGAAGCGAUGGCGUUCACGCACGGGGCGGCGAUUCCGGCCAAGUUGGACAUCGAGAGACAGAUUUUGAGCAACGUCGAGCGCCUUCCGGGACUGGUGCCUAGCAAGCGUCUCGGGUUGUCCAUCGUCACGGGCGAGAUCGACCGGUUCGGAUACGAGGAUUACCUCGGCCACGAGUCCAUGCGCGAGGAGGCGCCGCGCUUGGACACGCACACGUUGAUGGAGGCCAAGUUGAAACUCGGCGCCAACGUGGGGCGGUUUUGA